AAAAAUGUAGCCUUAAUUAUUUUAAAAACAGAUGAGUUACAAUGAUUGGAGCUUUUCAAGAAACAUACCUGAGGUCCAUGUUGUAUUUGAAGUACCAACUCAGCCCGAUGCAAUGUCAAAAGUUCCAAGUAGUUCGAGCAAUGAUAUCCAAAGUGAAAGAACAUUAAACGAUCUUUUCAGCAAAUUACUCUGUGGAUCCCCCGAUUCUUCUUGGUCAUUAUCACCGGAUAAACUUGUGAAGGGUAAAGUUGUUCACCAGUUUCCAGCUGAUCAUAGUGAAAGAGUAAGAGAAGUUCCAAACAGUCUUAUGUUUGCUGUACUGGGAUGGAGCGGCUCAAAGCCCAACAUUUCUAUUGAAGUAUUCGAUGCAAUUUCAGAGAAAUGGUUCUAUUUGAGGCAGAAAAAUUUCAUUAAAAGAGCUUACCACGGUGUUGUUGCAAUUGGUAUACAUAUCUAUGUAAUUGGUGGUUUUGAUGGUCGUAAUUGCUACAAUAGCACAUACCGCUUUCAUGUAGAAAAAAGAUGUUGGUCUAGAAGAGCGAGGAUGUUAGAAACAAGAUGUUAUGUGACAGCUGUCGGUUGCAAAGGUGUCCUCUACGCCAUCGGUGGAUUUGAUGGCGAUGUAAGGACUAGUUCUUGCGAAAAGUAUGUUCCGAGUUCCCAUAGAUGGCAAUAUAUUGCCGACAUGAACCACAGAAGAAGUGAUGCGUCUGGAGCAGUUUACAAUGAUAGAAUUUUUGUUUGUGGUGGUUUUGAUGGUCUUAACAUUCUAAUGUCAGCUGAGAUAUAUGACAUUAAAAGUAACCAAUGGACAUUCAUUGCACCUUUGUUAGGACCUCGAAGUGGACAUUCCAUGGUUUUCCACAAUCAAUCAAUACUUGCAAUCGGUGGAUUCGAUGGAUCCAAACGUUUAAAGUCUGUUGAAAAAUACGAAGAAAGUGAAAAUCAGUGGGUGGAUCACGUGCCUAUGCACUCACAAAGAAGCAAUUUUGCAGCCACUGUUUUGAGUAAUGAAUUGUACGUCAUGGGCGGUUAUAAUGGUUUAUCUACUUUUUCGGAAGUCGAGAAAUUUGAUGACAAAACUGAAAAAUGGUUUAAAGUAGAUAAUCUGAAACGUGAUAGAAGUGCGCUGGGAGCUUGCAUUUUCAACAAUUUAGAAGCAUUUUCUACUUGUUCCGUUCCAGGUAAAGCUUGUUGGUACAGUACAGAUUAUUUUAAAGGCGAAUUUCGGCAACUGUUAAACUUCAUUUAAAACUGGUACACUAUUUUUUAGCGAUUAUUGUGUCUUUUUAAAGCUUUAACAACAUGAGAAAAACUUGGGGCAAUAUAAUGAAAAGCCAUAUUUUUAAAACUUUUGGGGAAAGAAUCUUUUAAGAGUUUUUCGAUAAAAACUCCAGGUUUUACAUGCAA